CACCGAUGAAUUUCUUGACUGACCCGUUACCUUGGAGGGAAGAUCAACACACUCAGCUCACCAGCUGCCAUUUUGGUUUUUGAAUUUUGAAUGGAUGGGUGGGAACUUGGGGGGCUAGUAUUUUUACGGCGGGUCAUGUUGUGUUAAAAGUUGAUUCAUUCCAGACACUGGCAUUCAUUCUUUGCUUCUCCUCCCCGUUCUUUUUUACAUCACGAGAUCCCCCAUUUCUUUCUCUUCUUUAAUCUUUGCAUGUCUCCUCUUCCUCCUUCAGCAGAGCUUCUCUUCUUCCAUUGCAGCAGAGGGCAUAGUUAGGAUACUUUUAUACAUACACUGAGCUUUGUGUGUGUAGAUUUAACUGGGGAGGAUUUAUUGGGGUUUUGGGUUUGCGGGGAUGUCUCAUUCCAGAAGGGCUUCCAUGUCGGAUGCUGGGAUUGACGGGCUGGGUGAUCGGUUGAGGAAAUCGCUCCGUUUCAGGGAUGGGAACAAUGGGUCGGAGAUCGAUAAGCCGGAUUUCAAGGAACUCGAUCUGGGUUCUCCUGUCUCACCCUUGCAGGCUCGGGCCAGUACUAGCUCCAGUUCCUCUGGAUCUGGGUCGGGUCGGAAUCCAGCACCGAAGCGGUCGGACGGGAGCCACUCCGGCGAGUUGUCCGGUUCUGGGGAGAGUUCGCGCGGGUUCAAUCCGGGCCACUCGCGGUCCAAUUCGGGUUCUGGGGGGAGCUGCGUGGUCAACUCUCCGCCGUUGAAUGCGCUUCCUACCGGGAACAUCUGCCGGCCCGGGAAGGCUUUGAAGACUGGGAUGGCGUGCAAAACGUCCAAGACUGACGUUUUGGGGUUAGGGACUGGGAAUUACGGCCACGGGAGCAUAAUACGCGGCGGAGGAAGUCAGAAAUCCGGCGGAGGUUCAGGCGGCAGGGAUGGAAGUUGUGGCAUUGCCUCCAAUUCAAGAGGGCCAACUUUGAGUAGCGAUCCAGAGGAGUUUAGGAGGAUGGGGAAUGAGAAUUACAAGAAGGGCAAUUUUGCAGAGGCUUUGAAUCUCUACGACAAGGCUAUUUCCAUAUCUCCGGGCAACCCGUCCUACCGGUGUAACCGGUCAGCAGUUUUGAUCAGUCUGAAGAGAUAUGCAGAGGCUGUGAGAGAAUGUGAGGAAGCUAUUCGGUUGGAUCCGAGAUAUGUUAGAGCCCACAACCGAUUAGGCUCUUUGUUUCUUAGUUUAGGGCAGGUAGAGAACGCCAGGAAGCACAUUUGUCAUCAAGUGGCAGAUUGCACGGAGCUGAGAAAGUUGGAGGCAGUUGAGAAACAUGUAGAGAAAUGUAACGAUGCACGGGCAGCUGCUGACUGGAGGAGUCUGUUAAGGGAAGCUGAUGCUGCUAUUGCUUCUGGAGCCGAUUCAUCUCCUCAGCUCUUUGCGUGUAGAGCGGAAGCGUUUGUGAAGCUCCAUCAGUUGGACAAUGCUGAUUUGAGUAUAUCAAAAGUUCCUAAAAUGGAGCCAAAUGGUUCUUUUCCCCGGUCAAAGAUUUUUGGGAUGCUUUCGGAAGCAUAUGUUUUCUUCGUUCGGUCCCAAAUUGAGCUAGCUCAUGGAAGGUUUGAAAGCGCGGUUGCUGCAAUGGAGAAAGCCAGACAGAUUGACUGUCAAAAUGUUGAAGUUUCUGUUGCGCUCAACAAUGUCAAAUCAGUUAGCCAAGCCCGUAACCGUGGCAACGAUUUGUUCAAGUCAGAAAGGCUCACUGAAGCAUGUGCUGCCUAUGGGGACGGUCUCCGGUUUGAUCCUUCAAAUUCAGUUCUAUAUUGCAACAGAGCUGCAUGCUGGUAUAAGCUGGGCCAGUGGGAAAAAUCAGUCGACGAUUGCACGCAAGCCCUCUGCAUCCAACCUAAUUAUACAAAGGCACUUCUCCGUAGGGCAGCCUCAAACAUGAAGCUCGAACGAUGGGCUGAAGCUGUAAGAGACUAUGAAGCUUUGAGGAGCGAAUUUCCACAUGACAACGAAGUUGCUGAAUCUUUAAUUCAUGCCCAAGUUGCUCUGGAGAAAGCCAAUGGAGAAGAGGUCUAUAAUAGGAAAUUCGGUGGGGGUGUUGAAGCAGUUGCCGGUCCUGAAAAAUUUCAGGCAGCGAUUUCCUCUCAUGGGGUAGUGGUGGUGCAUUUCAAAAUGGCAAACAAUGCACAAUGCAUGCAGAUAUCCCCAUUCUUGGACACUUUAUGCACCAGAUAUCCAUUAAUAAGUUUUUUCAAGGUGGAUGUGGAACAGAGCCCGGGAAUCGCUACGUCCGAGAAUGUCAUGGUCUGCCCGACGUUCAAGAUAUACAGAAAGGGCAGCCGUUUGAAGGAGUUGGUCUGCCCGAGCCCGGAGGUGUUGGAGUCCUCGGUCAGACACUAUUACACUAUCAACAUUUAGGCCUCCAUCUCCUCCUCCCCUUCACACACAUUGUUUCAAGAAUCGCCGCAGGCACCCCAGCCACACGUACCAGACCGGGUUAGACCAGACCGGACCGGCCUUCCACGAUAGUCUCUCAUUUGUACCUCCAUUUCCCUUUUUCUUUUUUUUUUUCCUUUUGUAACUUUAUUGAAUGUCUCAAUCCUCAUUGCCUUCUAGUUUUAAAAUUUUCUCUCAUCUCAUAAUCUCUUUCUUUUCUUUCCCAUCCUUUGGUUUGUUAAAAUUCUUUUUUUUUCCCCAUUUAGUGAAGCUAGAAGACAAAGAGAGAGACUUAGGAGCAUUAGAUGAGGAUAAAAAACAUGCAUAUACAUAUAUGUGUGAUUAUUAUUAUUAUUAUAUGAUAUAUAAAACCUAUAAAUGGAAUUGAGGGAGAUUUAUUGGAUAAAUACAAGCCAAGCUACUGAACAUAAACAAAAUGCCAAACAAAGACAAAUUUUCUUUCCUCCAACAUGAACCGAUUCUAUAUUUAAAGGUGGGAGUAAAUUUUGGGAAAUGAAAAUGAAGAAAAUUAUGGAAUGGAUGUGGUAAAUAAGACAUUGCAAUUUCAUUUACCAUAAAAAGAAUCUUUUCAUAUGUCUUUCCUUUUGGCUAAAAGAAAAUCCAGAAAAUAAUCUCUGAAAGAAAGAUGAGGGUAAAGCAUCAUGUAGAAACAAUACUUAAACAACAAUUUGUUCCACAAAGCGUCGUCCUUGGCACCAGCUGAAUACAAUACACUUCACAUUCUUCUAUAUGCAAAGCAUUUCAUUUCAUUCCGACAACCUUCAAGCACCAUUAGCAUACAAACGUGUCCAUUCCUUUGCUACAAAAAGGUUUUUUUGUUUGCUACUACUACUAUCCCCACCAGCAAAGUCUUAAUCAGCUCUACAUGUUUAUCUCCUACACUUACUCGUGGACAAAGUUGUCGAAGCCGGAGCAAACAGAAGGUUACGAAGCGCUACAAAAGUCUUUCUCCUAGCAGACCUAAACCGCGUGAGUUUUCUCGAACUUAUGAUGUGUACCUUAAGUUUCGGCAUUGACAAGGCAGCUUGAAUCAGUCGUGCCGUGCAGUUUUUAAUGGGAUGGGGGAGGAGAUAACACUUUAUAAUGCUAAAGAAAAAGGGGAAAUUCUAAGGAUCCAUUUGAUGGUUAAAAACUGAGUUGUGAUACUAGCAGUGAACAAUAUUUUCCAUGAAAUCGAGGAAAAUGUAUUCUGGAAAAUUAGUUGUUUUUCUGUAUAAUAUUUGACCCAGAAAUAUAGGAAAAUUUAAAUUCUUAAAAACUACUUAAGGAUAACGGCUUCUAGAAAAUCUGGAAAAUGUUUCGAAAUAAAACAUACUCCUCCCUCCGCCCGGAUUUAAUUGCCUAGUUUCUUAUUUCCGUUUGUCCAAAAUUAGUUGUGCACUUUCCAUAUAUAUUAAAGAAAUUAUUAUAAAUAGUCUAAAAUAUCCUAGACAUAUGGUAUAAGCAUUGUUGACAACUUGACAUGAAUAACAAACUCAUUUGAAGAUUUUAUUUGACAUUUUUAAACCCAUUUCUUAAAAAUGCUUUUUUAAAGAAAGUGAACUAAAUCAAGACGGAGAGAAUAUUUUCAUGGAAAGAGAGAGAGCCUAAGUGAAACACCAGUAUCAAAUCCAUAGUUAUCUCUUUCAUUUACUCUAAAUGACUGCCACAGUCCUCUCUUUUUUCUGCUAGAGCUCACAGACAAAUUAGCUUCCUAUAAUGCAGAGCAAUGUUCCAAAAAGCACCAAGUAGACAAAAAGCUAGGACCAAGUGUGUAAGA